ACCCGUGACAUCUAGUGUCAAUGCAUGAAUAAAUUAUUUCAUUUUAUUAUGAAGACAGCAAAGCUGUUUAAUAGUAUUUUAUAUACCACAUCUCGUCUCCGAUCCGCUGUUCUUUUUUUACAACCUAUGCUAAUAUUGGUUGAUCUCACAUCACAAAGAAUAUAAUACUCACUAGGAGGCACAUCACCUCUCACCACCAAGCAGCCUUUUGGAAUGUGUAGAUGAGUUCUAGAUUAAGCAUAAUUGAUAAAAAAAAUCUUUUUAUAAUUUAGUAUAUUUCUCUAAGUGAGAGAAGUAUGUGAGAGAGAUGGCCUAGUAUAAUUGGCUUUGUAAUUCUAUCGUAAUUUCUGGAUAUACUUAUAUAGCGCUGUAUAGGUUUUGCAUGUACUAAAAUAAAAUAUUUUCGGACAAAUACUUUUUAACAUAUCCAAACUAUUUCGUAUCUGGCCGGCUACCGGCUGGCUCUUUAAGCUCUGACAUCUGACACUGCAAGAAUCAAAAUCAAAGCUGACACAUGUCAGCGACCACAACCAAAAUAAAUUGUACAAAAACACAAAAUGAAAUCAAUCUGGUUCCUGCUAUGUUUGACCGUGGUGUCGGCGGCCGUAGUUCAGAAGGGCGUGGUGCCCGUCCUGUCAUUGGACCCUAGAAAGAGGGUUCUGGCGGCCAACAAAACUAAGACCAAUCUAAAGUACCUGCCCUUCAUAGCGCUAAUAGACAAAGAGCACGACACCAGCGAAUACUGGCGCGCCACCGAGCUGCUAUCCCUCAUACGGAGUAGGGAAGAGCUCGUGGACUAUUCUCGAUGCAAAGUCCCCGCCCCCGCGGACCCCGUGCGCUUUAGCAGCGCUCGGAACGUGCGCGCGCUGUGCCGGGGCAGUAUUGAUUUCCAGUUGUGUCCGCAAUGCGCCCAUUUCAGCAACACCUCAGAAUGCGAACUCUUCCGGGAUUCCUGCAAGGAGAAAAGAAUCCCGAAAUCGGACUUUUCAUACUGCGAUCGCAAGUACGGCAAAUGGCGGUCGAUCUUCAUACCGGCUGAUUAUUCGCAGUGCCGAUGUUGCGACGAGUGCGUGUUCUAUAGAGAAUUGGACGAAUCCUGUGUACAUGACGAAUUCGACUUCGAUUCGGAGGAGUUUCUCCCAGUGAGCACAAUUGAUUUCAGAGCUGGCUGCAAUCCUUACUUGGGACAUCCGGAGCAGGAGUCGCGAGCUCUUCGGUGUGACAAGACCCUUCGCAGAUGUGUUCCGAUGACUGUUCCAACUCUACCCAAAAGCUCAUUUGGUGUCCAUCGAAGCUACCGCUACGAGCCCGUGGACAUCGACUGUCCCUCCUGCCGUGGCUACACCUGCCCCGCCACCAUGAAACACGAGCCAGACUGUCCCCCGGGCGCGUUCGUGCCCGACAGGGGGCAGUGCAACUGCUGCGGGCAGUGCAGCGCCUACUUCCAAUUGAACCAAAAAUGCGCUGAAUUUAAAGAGUCAUCAGUUGAAAAUGGUAGCAGUGAAAUAGAGGUGGAAGAGGAACUCUUGGAGCCAGGGUGUGACGACGGGUUAGUCUGCCGGCAGGGGUUCUGCCAGGAUAUCCACACGGUGCACACCGCGCACAGCCGUAAGAGGAGCAGCCAAGAAAUUGAUGAGCCCUACGAGCCCUGUAAACGCGAAAUGAAGCUGUUCAAGAAGAAAUAUGGCGAAGAUGGACAUUUGCACUACGAAGCGCCUCAGUGCACGCCACUGUGGCUUUAUGCUCCCGUCCAGUGCCGUCGUUUCCUGUGCUACUGCGCCAUGGAAGACGGAACGCCCAUCGAAGGCAUCAAGGUGCCCCGGGUCGAAGUGUCCAACAUGAACUGUGAUUGUGCUCGGGAACGAUGUCGCCUGGACACAGGCGUGGAGUGCGAUGGCUUCGGCAACUAUAAGGAGGCCAUGUUCACCCCGCACGUUGACGAGUGGAGUGACACUGAAUACGACGACAAUGAAGACACUUCAGCGGAAUGAGAUUGCGGUGGGAAUCAAAACUGGUAACUGUAAGUAAUGAAGACUACGGGCAUGUUAUUUAAAUUGUGUCAUAAUACACAUUUUAAACUGUUAUUUACAUAUAAUUUUUAUUGAAAUGUUUAUUAAAUACUAAAACCAU